AUGUCGGCUCCUCGCAGCGCCGCCCUGCGCGCCCUCGCGCUGGCACGCGCCCGCAUCUUCGAGGUCUCGCCGCCGUCGGCCGUGCCCGGCGGCGAGCGCACGGGCGCCAAGGUCCUGCGCCCGCGCCUCGUCGGCCCGAGCAUGCUGCGCUACUACCCCGCCAACCUCAACCUCUCCAGCCUGAGCAGCGUCGUGCCUGGCCUGCUGGCACCAGGAGAGAAGCUCCUCGACCCGCGCGAGGCGCAGCGGCUGGAGGACGUCGAGCGGCGAAAGGGCCUCGGCAAGGGGCCGCCGAAGAAGGGUCAGGGUCGACGGGCGCAGAUGAAGGGCAAGAAGAAGUAG